GGAAGACUACGAAUGCACGAUUUGCUCCAAGAAAUGGGUCGGGAAAUUGUCCGCCGGGAAUCUACUAAUGAGCCAGGCAGGCGCAGUAGGUUAUGGCUUCCUCAAGACGUCAAACAUGUCUUGACCAAAAAUACUAAGCAAUAGAAGGCAUUGUUCUGGACUCAACUGAGCUCGGAGUAAAGGUGGAUGUGAAUGCUAAAUCCUUUUCGAUGAUGAACAGAUUGAGAUACCUUGUCAUUAAGAAUGGGAACCUACCGAAUGAGCUUGAAUGUGUUCCUAAUAGUUUACGAAUUCUUAAAUGGACCGGGUAUCCCUCGAAAUCUCUCCCAGCGCAUUUCAACCCUGAGAAGCUACUAGAACUUAACAUGUGCCAUAGUUGCAUUGAACAUUUUCCUUUGGAAAUAGAGCCUUUAUACAAUUUGAAAACCGUUAAACUCAGCAACUCUUUGAAUCUUGUCAAUACCCCAAACUUUGAAGGUAUGCCACAUCUUGAGCUUCUGUUUCUAGAAGGUUGUACAAGAUUGUAUGAGGUUGAUCCUGGAGUUGAAGUGCUUGAAAAUCUUACGAUUCUGAGCUUAAAAAAUUGCAAGAAUCUCGUGCAUUUUGCAAGCAGUGUAAGUGGCUUAAAAUCUCUCAAAGUUCUUAAUCUUUCUGGUUGCUCAAAGCUUAAAAAACUACCGGAUGACAUGGGUCAUUUAGUAAGUUUGGAGGAGCUUCAUGUGAAUGGCACUGGCAUAAGAGAAUUACCUUCCUCUAUUGGAAUGCUUGAAAGACUUCCUCUGCUGAAAAUGGAAGAUUGCGAAGAUCUCGUGUGUCUUCCAAUUAGUGUAGGUGGCCUGAAAUCUCUCAAAGAUCUCAAUCUUUCUGGUUGCUCAAAGCUUGACAAAUUGCCAGAGGAGUUAGGCCAUAUAGCGUGUUUGGAAGAGGUUGAUGUGAGUGGGACUUCUAUACGAGAACUACCUUGCUCUAUUGGCAUGCUUGAAGGACUUGUUUCUAUGUCGUUGAGAGAUUGCAAAUGUCUUGUGUGUCUUCCAAGCAGUGUGGGUGGCUUAAAAUCUCUGAAAGAUCUCAAUCUUUCUGGUUGCUCAAAGCUUGGUAAAUUGCCAGAUGAGUUGGGUUUUAUUGCCUGUUUGGAGAAGCUUGAUGCGAGUGGAAGUGGCAUAAGAGAAGUGCCAUCCUCUAUUGGUCUUUUGAAAAACCUCAAAGAAUUAUAUCUUGGUGGAUGUAAAGGACGGUCACCUAAAUCAUGGAAUAUGAUGUUCAACCCUUUUCAUUUAUUGCGAAAGAGAAGUCACAUUCCGGCAGGACUGUCGUUGCCCAGUUUGUCUGGUUUGCAUUCAUUAACCAACUUGGAUCUAAGUGACUGCAAUCUUUCUGAAAUCCCCAGUGAUUUUGGAUGCUUGUCCUUGUUAACAAGUUUAGAUUUGAGCAAAAAUCAAUUUGUUAGACUACCUGAGAGCAUCGGCCAACUCUCUAGACUUGAAUGGCUUCACUUGGAUUGGUGCCGCAAGCUUCAGACAUUGCCAGAGCUUCCAACUGGUUCAUGGAUAAACAGCAGCAACUGCAUUUCAUUAGACACAUUGUCCAAUCAAAUAGGAAAAUUGAUGGGGGUUAAUUGUUUCAAAAUGGUGAAGAAUGAAAGCUGUAAGAGUACAGCACUUUCAUUGCUAACACGCUACCUGAAGUUUCAACAUUGGACUUCUUCCGGAUUUACCCGUGAUUUUCACUUUGUUGCUCCUGGAGAUGAAAUUCCAGAGUGGUACAAUCACCAAAGUAUGGGGUCUUGGAUAACUGUAGAGUUGCAUCCAGGUUGGUUUACUAACAAGUGGAUGGGAUUCGCAUUCUGUGUCGUUUUUAGAGUCCUCAAACCACUCCCGCCAUUGGUUCGGUGGUCAAUUCAGUGCUCAUUGAAAGCCAACGGAAAAGUCUAUGCUGUUUCUGGUCUAGGUUUUGGGGGACAGUGGGGUCAACCAGUGUUGGAUCACAUUUGGUUCUUCUGUGGGCACCGUGAUAAAGACUCCCAUCAACUUGGGUGGCAGGAUAUCUAUCAGCUUGAAUUGGACUUCUCCGUAGGAAUGAAAUUUGUGCAACUGAAGAAGUGUGGUGUCCGUAUGGUAUAUGAGGAAGAUGUGGAGGAGCUUUGGCAAACAUUAUUAAAGCCGAGAAAUACCAAGCGUGGCCUUCAACACUACUAUGAUGAUGAUGAUGAUGCAGCAUCUAGUAGUACUGCAACUGGUGCAAGCCAGGAAGAGGAAGAAGAACCUCAUCCAAAAAGAUUUAAACGACUCGAGCUUGACGGUGCAGGACCCAGUGACCAGAAACAUGAUUAAAGCAUGUUUUUUGUUUGUGAAAAUUUCUUCUUGUCUUCGAAUGAACACAUGCAUGUUGAUGCUCCUUAUUUUUCAUUUGGUUAAUUAUGCCUACCGGUGUGAUUGAUCCUUUGCUCCAUGAAGCAGCGAUAUUUAGUUAUUUUAUUUUAUUACCA